AUGGAGAACAGUACAGAGGUGACUGAGUUCAUUCUUGUGGGCUUAACCAAUGACCCCAAACUGCAGAUUCCUCUCUUCUUAGUCUUCUCCCUCAUUUUCCUCAUCACUCUGGCUGGGAACCUGGGCAUGAUGGUGCUGAUUCUCAUGGACUCCCGUCUCCACACUCCUAUGUACUUUUUCCUCAGUAACCUGUCUCUGGUGGACUUUGGUUACUCUACAGCUGUCACUCCCAAGGUCAUGGCUGGAUUACUUACAGGAGACAAGGUCAUGUCCUACAAUGCAUGUGUCACCCAGUUCUUUUUCUUUGUAGCCUUUAUCACUGCAGAAAGUUUCCUCUUGGCCUCAAUGGCCUAUGACCGCUAUGCAGCUGUGUGCAAACCCCUGCAUUACACCACCAUCAUGACAACAGGUGUGGCUCGUCUGGUCAUAGGCUGUUACAUCUGUGGUUUCCUGAAUGCUUCCAUUCACACUGGGAAUAUUUUCAGCCUUUCCUUUUGUAGAGCCAAUGUUGUUGAUCACUUCUUCUGCGAUGCUCCUCCUCUCCUGGCUCUCUCAUGCUCAGACAACUACAUUAGUGAGAUGGUUAUUUUUUUGGUGGUGGGCCUCAAUGACUUCUUUUCUGUCUUAGUCAUCCUGAUAUCCUACCUGUUUAUAUUUAUCACUAUUCUGAGGAUGCACGCAUCUGAAGGACGCCAGAAGGCCUUUUCCACCUGUGCCUCUCACCUCACUGCUGUGUCAAUCUUCUAUGGGACAGGCACCUUCAUGUACUUACAGCCAAGCUCCAGCCAUUCCAUGGACACAGACAAAAUGGCAUCCAUGUUCUAUACUAUGGUCAUUCCCAUGCUAAACCCAGUGGUCUACAGCAUGAGGAACAAAGAGGUCACCAGUGCCUUUAAAAAGACUGUGGAGAAGGCAAAGUCUUUUAUAGGAUUCAUAUUUUAA